ACAAGAGCUGUGGGUGAUGUUGGGCUGCAGUGUUGGUGUGUGUCUGUGUGUGCAAACAGAUAUAUAUAGCCGUGUAUGUAUGUAUAUGUGCAUGGUUAUGUAACUCUUAAGGUUAUUGAAACGGGUGGCGCUUGGAGGAGGGAUGUAGAAGGAGAUUGCUGUGAUAUAUUUAGGAAAGGAUCAUGGACAGUCACUCUUCCAGUUGCACAGAAGUCGUGAGUGAGGAGAGUGAGGAGGAAAGCAAUGGAGUCAACUUGAUGGAAUUCUCAGAUGAGAUCCUUCUGCACAUCCUCAGCUAUGUCCCUUGCACAGACCUGGUCCUGAAUGUCAGGAGAACCUGCAGGAAACUCGCAACACUUUGCCUUGACAAGAGUCUAACACAUACAGUUCUACUUCAGAAGGACUAUAAGGUAAACAAAGACAAAGUGAAGCAGCUGAUGAGGGACAUCGGAAAGGAGAUCUACCAGCUGAACAUGGCUGGCUGCUACUGGCUGCCCAGCUCCACCAUCGACCACGUAACACGGUGCAAGAACCUGGUGAAGCUGAACCUGUCGGGGUGCCACGUCACCUCUCUGCGGCUCUCCAAGAUGCUCUCCUCGCUGCAGCACCUGCGCUCGCUGGCCAUCGAUGUGAACCCUGGCUUUGAUGCCAGCCAGCUGAGCAGUGAGUGCAAAGCCACCCUCAGCCGUGUCUCAGAGCUGAAGCAAACCCUUUACACACCCUCGUACGGUGUCGUGCCGUGCUGCACCAGCCUGGAGAAACUGCUGCUGUACUUUGAGAUCCUCGACCGCUCGCGGGAGGGGUUUAUGCUGUCUGGGCAGCUGAUGGUGGGUGAGAGCAACGUGCCCCAUUACCAGAACCUCCGCAUCUUCUACGCCAGGCUGGCUCCUGGCUAUGUCAAUCAGGAGGUGGUGAGGCUGUACUUGGCAGUGCUGAGUGAUCGGACACCUGAGAACCUCCACGCCUUCCUCAUCUCUGCCCCCGGCAGCUUUGCAGAGACGGGAGCCACCAAAAACCUCCUGGACUCCAUGGCCCGAAAUGUACGUCUGGAUGCUUUACAACUGCCCAAAGCCUGGAUUAACGGCUCUGGGCUCCUGCAACACUUGAAGUUCAACAACCCUUUCUACUUCAGCUUCAGCCGAUGCACCUUAUCUGGUGGGCACCUGAUCCAGAGGGUCAUUAAUGGUGGGAAGGAUCUCAAAAGCCUGACCAGUUUGAAUCUCAGUGGCUGCGUUCACUGCCUGGCCCCGGAGUCCUUGUUUCGGAAAGCUGAAGAUGACAUUGACAGCAGCAUUUUGGAAAGCCUGGUAGUGUCUUGCUGCAACCUGAGACACCUGAACCUCUCUGCAGCUCACCAUCACAGCUCUGAAAGCAUAGGGAACCACCUGUGCCAGCUCCUGUCCAGGCUAAAGCACCUGCUCUCAUUAGCACUACCAGUUUGCUCCAUCACAGAUGUUGCUGCCAGCGUGGAGAAGCCUCCCACCACACCUAACGUGGUGCCCCAAACAUUUGGAAAGAAAGUUCGGAUUGGGAUACCGACAUAUCCAAGGAACUUAGGGGACCAGGCAAAUCAGAAGGUUGAGUCCUCGGUGUUUUGGGCUCUGAUGGGAAGCCUGCGGUUUUUGGAAACCUUGGAGAUAAUCGGGUCCAGUUUCUCCUCCGCCAUGCCCCGCAACGAGCCGGCAAUUCGGAACUCGUUGCCUCCCUGUGUCCGGGCACAGAGUGUGGGGGAUUCAGAGGUGGCUGCCAUUAGCCAAUUGACUUACCUGCAGAGCCUCACCUUAGCACAGCUGCCAAAUAUUCUCACAGGCUCUGGGCUCGUCAACAUCGGGCUGCAGUGCCAGCACCUGCGGACUCUUUCCUUGGCCAACCUGGGCAUGAUGGGCAAGGUGGUCUAUAUGUCUGCUCUCAUGGACAUGCUGAAACACUGCAGGUGUUUGAGAGAUCUCAGGCUGGAACAGCCGUACUUCUGUGCGGGUGCCCAGUUCUUCCAGGCACUGAGUCACUGCUCCUCUCUCCAGCGCCUUUGCAUCGUCUCCCGGAGCGGGACUCUGCAGUCUGACGCAGUGAUGUCAUUCAUGGCCAGCUGCCUUGAGGUCAUCAUGUGCCACAUGUUUAUGGGAGAAUCUCUUACCGUUUGCAAAAAUCUCCAGCAGUCCAUUGUCCGGAGUUUCCAGGCAGAACGCCCUGCAUUAAACGUCGUCAUUUUCCCUCUGCUUCACGAGGACUUGACAGAGGUCAUCAGAGAUGUCCCCAUGCGGCACUUGGAUGAAAUUACCUUGUUUAAAAGCAGAGUGGCUGAGGAACCUCCCAAUUUGUGGUGGUGACUGUCACAGCAUGAAGGGACAAGUCAUUGUGAACCCAUGGAGCAGUUUUCUGUUGGCCUGGAUUUCCCAUCCUCGGCUCCUGGCCACCUCACUGGAUGCUGUACAAUCACUUCAAGCAGGUGCAAUUGCAAAAUAAAAAAAAAGCUGGUUCUUUGCAGUGGGGUAACAUCUAUUGGAUAUUGCUUGCAUCUGAAAAUCCUGUCUCAAAGGCUUGUGGAAUCUGAUGAGUGUUUCCUUGCGGUUAAUAUGAAUAGUUUUUGUUAUUUUACUGAAGUUAAAGGUAAGAGAGACUGACUUAACAAUGCUCUUUUCCCUGUGUCCCCUGGUGUCUGUCCCAAGGGCCCCUGUGUACGUUGGCAGUGUGCUUUGUGGUUUUGGUGGAAAUCAUUCUUUGCUUCAGUCUGUUUUUGGCAAAGUAGAAAGCCUAGGCCAGCUCAGAGGCACAAAAAUGUGUUGCUCAAUUGAAGUGCAUCACAUCUUUUCUAUGUUACAAAUAGACAUUUGUAGUCACACAUGUGCAGUCACAAAUAUUUAAAGGGGUUUUUUGAUUGAGAAAUACCACAAGGACUUGUUUUUUAUUUUUUAAUAACAAAUUAUGGUCAUUAACACCUUGACCAUGGUAUGUUCCUGCUGAUGCUGUUUCCAUUGGUCUGGUGGAAGAAGUUCUCAGCUCUUUUGGAAAUCCUUGUCCUAGGGUAGAUGGUGCCUACAGUGAAUAAAUAAGUUGAGGCUCAGAUCUGAUUUAUAUGCAGUCUGUCUUGCAGUGUAGAUGGGAAUGUAGUGUUCCAGUUCUGUCCUUAUAUCCCAUGCCUUGAGCUCAUGCUAAUUUUAGAGAUGUUAUGAAGUAUUUUCACAGUGUGAUUUCAGUCAGCUUCUCUGCUCCACAGAACUUCCUCAGGCAUCAGUAGUGGUCUGGAUCACUUUCAUAUUGCCUUAUUUACUGAGCACUUUUAAAAGCAUCAGACAGCUGUACCAAAAGCCAAGUUACAAAUUCCUGGAGCUACAUGUCUGGGUGGCAGAAUUUUCCUUGGUAGCAUACCAGGUCUGUCUUCUGCAAAGCAGCUGCUGACCAGAGCUGUCUGACUUCACCCAAAUCCUGAAUGUGUUGAGUGCUGCUUUUCUGGGGAGGCCCAGAAUCGUCCAAAGAUGAUGUGCCCAUCUCCUUGUCAGCAUUUUCUACUCAAGAUGCCCUCUCCCAAAUGCUCUUCUGCCCUCAGUGUUCAUAGGAAGCCUGGUCUGAUGGGAUAGAUUUGAGAACAAAAUGAAUCUCCCAGCCUUGGGAGACUUUCUGUCCUUACUUUCCAAUCAGCCACAUGUGAGCCUGCCUGGAAUUCUGUCCCAGGAUUGUAAAUCUUGAGCCAGGCUGGGAUAACCCUUGUGCUCAGAGAGGUUGCAGUGAAGAGCAGGUAAGUGUCAGGCUCUGCUAGCACAGGUCUGUGCCUUGCUGAGACCAAUCCCUGGUGGUUUGCUGUCUUUCCUGAGGCUCUCUCCCUUCCCCUGUCAGGCCAGGGAGCCAGCACAGCCUCUGGAGUGCAGCUGGCAGCAGGAUGGUGAGCUCCUGCUCCCCUGGGAGUGCUGCAGCUGAGCUCUGAGCUCUUCCUGAGUGUUUGAGGCUCUGCCUCAGCCCCAGCUCUGAGUGUGAGGAGCUGCUGCCCUGCUCCUGCUGCUGUUUCCCUCCCACUCUCCCCGAUGUUCUUUCUACCUCUUGUCAGAUUACUCACCUGUCUGAAUCCCCUUCUUUCUCUCUCUCUCCCUCACCUCAGCACAUCAGAUGUAUUUUUUUGGCAGGAACACAAGCUGCUGCUCUGUCCAGUUCAGGCCAACCUCAGCUCUGCCUGGUUUUUGUCCGUGUUUUUUUCUAGGAUAACUAUUGAGGACUGGCAGAGGGUGUUUGCAAAACUACUUCCUUCCUUGUUUGAAGCACUGGCAAAGUUGUUUUGUCCUGCUUGUGCCACUGGCCCUGGGGCAGAGGGAAGGCAGAGGGUGUGGAGCCAGCUCUCUGAUGCCUUAGGGGACCUGUUCAGUCCUGUGAAGGAAUCCUGGUGUUUGCUUGGAGUGAGGCCAUUCCCACCCUCAGCGGGGAUUUCCCCUGCAUGAACACACUGUGGCAUCAGCAAGAGACUGGCACUGCUGCCAACUCACCUCUUCCUGUUCCUCUGGAAAACCUGGGCUGGGGGGCACUGGUGUGCAGAAACCAGCUGUUGCUUGAUUGUGGUGUUAAACCUUUGCUCUUGGGGUUGCAGUCACCUGAUGGAACACGCUGUACACUUGGCUUGGCACAUCCAUAUCCACCUGCUGGAUGGGGGCAGCAGCCAGGGAUUUUUAUAGCACUGUUAUUCUGUUGCCAGGGAUGUGGUGUUUGGGCAUCUGUAUUCAGGCAAGAGGGUCACAGGUCCUGAUGAUGCUGCCAGUUAUAACCAGGGCUAGGAAAGGUCACCCACAGGUGAUAAAGGUACCAUCCCAAAUUGUAAUAAAGAGGUAAAAUCUCCUUCCACCCCCAGCUCCCCAACUCUGGGCCAGUGCUUGAUAUCUCUGCUACAAAUCCUCUUAUGGUGAGUGAGAAUUUCCGCUGCUUUUGCACUCCAGGCGGAUUCACCAGAUGUUAAUAAUGUGCUUAUUUUCUCUAAGUGCUAUUUUGGCAUCGGUGUUAAUUACAAUUUAUAUUCUGCAACAUUUACACUGGGAAAAGAACCCACCCUAAUAGUACCCAAUUGGCAGAGCUGGGCUAUUAAACACAGCUCCAUAUGUUCUGAGCAGAGCAGUGGAUGGGACUCAGAGCCCACUCAGCACUCAGGCUCCAGCAGGCAGCUGGAGAGGAGGAGAGGGGAGCAGAGAGAGGGGUGUUCUGCUCCUGGAUUUUAUUUAAUAGGAAAUCCCCCCUCCUUUUCUGUCCCCAUCUCCCUCCUGCUAUCUGUGAGCAUUUAAGGAGGUGAUCUCUGAGCCUGCUGAUGCUGCUGUCCGUAGUGUAAAACAAAUGAAUGCAAUUCCGGAAGGUGCCCUUCUCACAGGGAGUGUUUCUGCAGGAUCCCAGUCCCUGCUGACCUGUUCCUUGCUGCCUUCCAAAGCACACCUCCAAUCUUUGGGAGCUGCAGCAGAAAUCUUUGCUUUGACCACCACCAAGGUGUCUGUGGUUCUGUGGGAGAGGGAUAUUCUGGGGCAGGUACUGUUCUUGUGUAAAACUCGAUGUAGUUUGCUGCUGUGCUCAUGUCCAGAGUCCUGUUUGGCAAAAUUUGGUUCCUGCAGCUGGGAGGGUCUGGAGUGACGCUGGAGUGGGGAAUUCAGAGGGACUAGGUCUUAUCUGUGGUUUUCUUAGGAGUGUAGGUUAGAGGGUUGCUUCCUCAGCUGUUUGCAGAGCUGAUUUCAUGGUCUCUUUAGGAGAUGGCACUGCUGUGUUUGAGAAGGGGCUGUGUGGUGACUGUGGUCACCUCUCUCUCAAGGAGAAGGAGAAGAUGGGAGUGAGAGGAGUCAUGGAUCUCACUCUGGAAGCCAGCCACACAUCGUGAGGCUUGGCCUGUUCCUCCCUUGUGGAAGGGGAGGAGGGUGCUGAACCCUCCCCUCCAGGUGAGGAGCUGCUCUCUGGGAGCAGAGGACAGGCCUGGGGCUGGUGUGGGCUGAGAGCAGCAGAGCCACAGCCCCACUCAAACCCCAGUCCCUCUGAUUCCAUCACUGCCUCUGCUGGGGUGUGGGAUCCUGAGAGCAGAGCAGCACCCAUCUCCUCAUGGUGUGCUCAGAGCUGUGGCAGCUCUGGGACAUGGCCAGGUGUGUGAGGCUGCCCUGGGAGGUGCUGGGUGCUUCCUUCAGCAGAGCUUUUUUAGGAUAGAAAUCUGUGACUUUCCCUCUGGCAGAAUGAACCAGUGCAGAAGGGUUGUUUCACCUGACUGAGGGGGAUCAAUUCCCUCUUGGCUGGUCCCAGCAGUGUCCAGCCCAGGCUGGGAGGGCAGUGCAGGAGCUGUGCUGGAUGUUGCAGAGCCCAAUCUCCUUCCACUGCAGCUCUCCUGCCUCUUUGAGAUGCACAGGCAGCCGGGGUACUCCAGCAGGAGAAUCAUUUCCAUAGAAACCAAUUGGGAUGUUGUACAGGGAAUAAUGAUUAAUAGUGAAGGGAUGUUGCCUCAGGCCCUUUUCAUUUUUUAGGGGGCAGUGAGGGACAAACUGGGGCACAGGUAGGGGGACAGGGAGACUUGAAAACUAAUGGAAACCAUCUCUUCCAUUAAUUUCCAGGGCAGCUUUCCCCUCUUCUCCUCCUACCCAGCCCCCCACUGCUGCUCCCAGCUUUCGUCAAAUUUUCAAAAUGGCUAACCUGGUUAGAAAUAAUCAUAAUAAUAAAAAAGGAUGGAUGAGGUCUGACUACUAACAUUGUUGCUGUUAGCAGCAGGAUUUCAGCCAUAAAACAUGAAGCAAGGGAGGCAUUGACCUUUCCGCUGUUUGAAAUGAAUGGAGACAUCAAUAUCUAUUGUUUUGUGGCAUUGACCUCUGACGCUCUCAGUUUGCCCUCCCCUUUCUUUUUUUUUAAUUUCCCCCUGACACUCGAGGAAAGGGGUCACUCUGUACCAUCUAUUGAUCCUGAUCUUACUUGGUGAUAGGGAAAUAAUUAGAAUUUUAAAGAUCUCUGCUGCUCGCUGGUGAAAUACGUACACAGAGGCACAGGCUAAGCCCCCGCUUGCCAUGUUGUGUUCUCCCCCCUUCCUUGCAGAGAUCCAAAGCUCUGAGAUCUGAAGGAAGGCAGAUCAAUAUAGGUUUAAUCAUGAUGGGGGUUUUAUUUCAGUUUUUUAAAUGGUAAAGUGUAACGUUUUAUGUUAAUGUUGUCGGAGCCUGGCUGCCUGGUGCCUUGUUUUAUUUAUUCUUUUAAGUAGCCCCUUCUUUUGUGAACUUCAUCUAUGUACAGAGAAUGUGAAAUCAGGCAUUGCUAAUUAGCUGUAUGACAAUUAAGUAAUGUAGCACAAAACCAUUAGGACACUGGAUUUGUUUUUGAAGUUUGUCCUUUGAAGUGGAAGCUGCAACUCCCUGCCCAAGGCUGCUGGGGAAAAUGUUUUUCUAUCAAAACUUUCUUUGAAAAUAAAAUGUCAGUGUAAGAGUCCCUAUUUCUGUCUCUCUCCCUCUAAACAGCGGGUGGAAAUUGUUUCUCCUUGUAAAAACUGCUGGCAUUGAUAGAGAGGGGAAUUCAGGAAAGCAUUAAAUGGGCAGUUGGUCUCCAAGCACCCUCAAUUCUGGUAGAGAUGUUCCCAAAAAUGCUUGUUUAGCUCAUGGAGAGGGAACGGUGCCACGCUGGGAGAGAAGACUCAGCUCACAACCCUGGAGAUGACAAAGGGAGGUGGUCCCAAAACUGGGGGUUCAUCUCUGACACCCCAAGAGCCAUCAGGGUGCCAGCCUGGUCCCAGAUCAGAUCCCUGCAGGCUGCUGGGCUUGGGCUCCUCCGUCCCUGCGCUCCUUUGACUCUCGUGUUUGCAUCUGGCCCUUUGUCCUCGUAGUGAGUCCAAUUCUGAAUGUGCAACUUUCAUGUAAGCUGGUGGCAUGUAAAACUUCAAAUAAAGAGUGAAACAUUUGGAACCA